AAGGGUAGGGUGGGUGGGCUUGCUUUUCUCCCGGCCGAGAAGUGAGCCAUGGGGGUGUUGGCUUCUUUUUGAUGGACAUAGGCGGUUCGAUGGUUCAGGAGUCUUCACCUCAGGUGGCUGCUCAAUACGAGAUCUUUUCGGCCGAUGGAGAUGAGCCAGCACUUCAAGCUGAACAAGACUAUUUUGUUCAGGCCUCAAGCAGUUCAUUGAACCAAACUGCUGUUGAUUCAGUGACUUGGAAUGGUAUGAUUGCAUCAGCAUAUGGACAGUACAAAGCAUUGGAUGAGACCCUGAAGUUUCCCUGGGAAGUUGGUGCUUGUGCUGGUGUGUUUCGUAAUGACCCGCCAGUGAGCUUUCCUUCGAUUCAGCCGUUUGUUGAGUCCAUUCCACCACAACACGUUGACGAGUCUGGAGUGCAAGGUGACCGUGUUUCAUUUUCUUUGCAGGUUGGUUACAUGCAUGCUAUCUCUGAUAUGAGGGAUCUAGAUUACUUCGAAGAGAAGCUUGAGCAGUUGGAGCUUGCGUGCGGCAAGUGGAUGGACAUUUUGUCUACCCAUUGGGAAGCAUCCACCGUAGGAAAUCAAAUCUGCCAGGAUCUUCGUUCGGACCCCAGUGGCGGUGAAGCAGUUGAAACUCUCAAAGCAUGUUUUGGAACAAAGAGCCCCAACACUUUGUUGAAACGAGCUGCAACAUUGCGUAAGUACCUGGUGUGGCAUUACAAUGAGUUCAAUAGCAGAGGAGUGUAUGUGCAUGCUUUCCCAUUGGUGGAGUCUGAUGUUUGGAACUUCUUCAAGUGGUUGAGAGUUGAGCGACAACAGAAGUCGAGAGGUUUCACAACGACCUCAACUUUUCUUGAGACCGUUAGGUUUUGUAAGUUCACAGUCGGACUUCAAGGAUGCGAUGUGGUCCUAGGCUCAGGUCGGCUACUGGGCUUUGCUGCAGUGGAACUUCCCAGGCCCCGAUUCUUGAGCUUGUUCAUUUGAAGAAACUUCAUGAAAUUCUUUCUUUGGGAAGCGACCUCAUUGACCGUUUGGGUGCUGGCGCCAUGUUAGUCUGCAUCUAUGGCAGAGCUCGUUGGUCCGACUUGCGAUACAUUGACCACGUUGAUGUUGAGGCUCGGCGCAACGGAUCCUUGGUCCUGUAUACUCGUGAGCACAAGACAUCCGCUGUUGGGAUACGUCGUGAACAGUAUCUACCGCUCGUCAUCCCUUGGGAAGGUGUGGUCAGCGAGGAUUGGAUCGAGGUCUUGUUGAAGGUCUACGAGGAAGCUGGUUUAGAUAUGACCAAGGUUCCUCUCGGGCCCUUGCUCCCUGCUCCAAAAAUAGGAGGAGGCUUCUGCGCGAGGCCGUUGAGCACCCAAGAAGCAGCUCGGUGGUUGCGCCUUCUUCUUUCAGGGACGCCAGGUUCAGAGAAGAUUCGUUGCCAUUCGCUGAAAGCUACUCUCUUGAAUUGGUGUGCAGAGGCUGGCUUAGACAAAGAGGUUCGUGCAGUGCUUGGCCAUCAUAGCACUGCAUUGCAUGGUAGUGACAUUGUAUAUUCACGUGAGCUUCAAGUCAGGCCGCUCAGGAAGUUGCAGAUGUUGCUCAAAAGCAUUCGCAUUGGCUUGAACCUUGAGGACAGCGUCACAAGGAACUCUGUUGGCUGCAACCCCAGGUGCGACCACUCCGAGGCCUAACGUGUUCACUCCUCCUCUUCCAGUGCCUGCAAGAGUUGAACAAGUUCAUAAUCCUGCAGAGGAGCAAGUUGUUGAACAGGCGGUUGAGCUUGUAAACGUUGAAGAAGAAAACGAAAGCAUAAAAGAAGAGAUUGAAAACAUCACAAAUCUUGAAGCUUUUGCCUGCGACUUGAGCCUUUUUGGUGAAGAAGCUGUUCGACAAGGCGCAGUGCCAAUCGACAGUUCAAGCGGAAGUGACGAAGAGUCUGAAAGCAGUUCAUCUUCAAGUGAGGAACUGAGCUCAUGUCGUGGCAAAGAUUCUCUUAGAGAAGUCGUGCCGGCAGGUUCUGUGUACUACAAGCACGUGAAGACCUCAAGGGUCCAUCGUGUGCGUGUUGGCAAAGAGACCACAAAUUGUGGUAAGAAACUGAAUGAGAACUUUAAGGAGCUUGAGCCGGUCAUUUACAUAAGGCUUCCAAAAUGCCUGAUUUGUUUCCCAAGUGCCGAAGGGCGAGUUAGGACGCGUGAAGACGCCAUAGCUCGUUUCGACGCAGCUCUGAAGAGGGCGCGCGUUUGACUUGCGACCGAAGUGGUCAAAAACA